CGCGUGUGGCUUUCUUGGACUAUUUAGACUGGAUCUAGACGCUAUAUCUAUUCCCUAAUUUAAACUUUUUUUUUCGCGUUAUAUUUGAAAUUGUGUGAACCAAUAUAAACAUAAUGAAUGUUUUAAUUGGUACCGAUUUAAAUCUGCUAGAAUGCGACGAUCUUCAACAAAAAUUACAAGUAGUCCUUCCUGCUAGGACUGUUGACGUUGGUGGUCACGAUACUUUUUACGAUAGCUCUAAGGCCGUUCAAAAUGAAGAUUUAUUAAACAAUGGCUCAUUAACAUUUGACGAGGCUUUUGAAACAGAACCAUUCAAUAGUAUAAGUGUUUCAGAUUUAUCUUUUAAUAGUGCUGGAGAUUUUAAUGAACCACCUUUCUGGGAACAACCUACUGACAGCAUGAUUAUGAUUGAUAGAUAUAGAUCUAGUAAUAACGCUGAUAAAUUCUCAUUUGUUGCUGUUAGUCCUGAAACUGACUUGAGUCUUAGUGAAAGUGAUUUAGAUCAAUCUGCAGUCUGUAAAAAAUCCUGUAGAAGAUCAGCUAGAUCCAGCUCUGGACACUCUGGUUACAACAGUGUCAAACAAUUUUCUCGAAAUGAUAAACCUUACCAUUUUUCUCAUAUGAAACAUUCUACAUCCAUAAGAAGUAAAAACCAUUGGGGUGAUAGUAAUUCAAAAAACGCUAUAGCAGCUAGAGAUAAUAGGCUUAAAAAGAAACAAUACAUAGCAGGCUUGGAGGAAUCUCUAAAUGUUUAUCGGACUGAAAAUCAACAAUUGUUAGAAGAAAACAAGAAGAAUAAAAAAACAAUGCAAGAACUAAAAAAAGAAGUCAUUUAUUUAAAAAGUGUUAUUGCAAACCAAAGUACUCUGGCUGCUAUAUUAAAGAACGUUGCAAAGACCCCAGGAAUAAAUUUAUCAUCAUCUUUUCAAUAUGUCAAAUCUGGAAAUAAUCCAGCUUCAGAUUCCAAAAAUGUAUCUGCUGAGAUUGUAAAUGACAUUUUUAAAGUAACUGUAAAUAGUGUUACCAAUGAAAGUGUUCCAAAAUGUUCUAGAAACCUGCGUUCAUCUAAACCUCGUCUCUUAGACACUCUUUCAAAAAUUCCACAACAGGAUUUCAAGAGAAAACACAAUGGAACAAAAGUGCCUGUUACUUCCAAACAAAAAAAAUGUAAUCUCAGCAGUGACUAUAUCAGUCAAUGUGAAACACUUAUAAAUGUUGAAGACACUGAUUCUGACAGCUCACUAGAAACAGAACAUUCAUCAGAAAGUUCAAAUCCCAGCUGUGGUUAUUUCUGAAUUUGUACAGACUUCAGCAUCUUCAUCUCUUAGAAGUUAAUUCUUCACCAAAAUAAACAAUGGUGAUGGUCCUCCAAAGAAUACUGUCUGUCAAAUCAGACUAUGGUUGAGAAGCGAUGAGUCUGUAACAAACAGACAAGUUAUAGUAUUAAAUAAUGUUAAACAUACAUUGUUUAUAUUAAAUUUAGAAGGCUUUCUAAUUAGGCUCACUAACUCCCAAGUAUGAGCAAACCAUAAAGAACCAAUAUAGAGCUCAGCUAACACAUUGUUCAGCUGAGUCAAAAAUCAGUUUAUAAACUAAUUACUCUUACUGCCUUAUCUAUAAGAUAAUUGGGUUGAACGUAGAUGGGCUUUGAUUUUCAAAAUCAUACAAGUUCUAAAGCUCGAAUCCAACUUAUGGAAACAACAGUUAUAUACAUUUCUGAAUUAUUCUCUGCUAGUAGUAAUACUAGUACUUUCAAUUCCUUCUGAUCUUGAAAUAUUAAAUACUUAACAUUGGAGAUCAGCUCCCACGUUGUUUUCAAAUAUUGACCUUGAAGCUUGCUUUAUAGGUGUUAUAUAGGUUAUGAAUACUUUGUUAUAUCGGAGAAGAAAUUUCUUUAAUUCUUAAAUAUAUCUUUUUAAUUUUUUUAUGAUUUAUAUUUUUUUUUUCGGUUUUAAAUAAUUGCAGAGAUGUUAAGUUUUUCAUCAACUCACUUGUAGUAUUUAUUCAUGCCAUUCAAGAAGGACUCUGAAGCAAAUGUUUUUACAAUUUUAAUUAGUUUUCCUUUCUAUUUCUUAUUAUCAAAGCAUAAAUUUGUACUCUUGAUCAGGGCUUUGAAUGCAGACAACAAAUCAGGGUCAUAUGUGGUAGAUGUAGAUCUGUAUUUUUUUUAUUUUUUUUUUGACAUUUAAAUUAAUUGUUGUAAGGUUUACAGAUAUGGUGGGCCUGUGCCUACUUAUAACUCAUUCAGUGAAACCUUUUGAACAGCCUCAAAAUGUCAUACCGGUAAUAUUAAAGUCUCUUAAUGGAUACCUGAAAAACAUAAUUCAUCAUCUGUAUUUUGUAUCAUCAAAGGUUUAAAUGUAUAUAGAUACCGGUACCUUUAAAGUAAGAUGUCAGGACAUGUGUUCAGUCUAGGUUCUGUUGAUGAUGCUACCGGUACUGAAAUAAAUUCUAUAUUUUUAAGAAUAAAAUCCAUUUUAUUUUAUAGUGUAUGCACUUAUAUAUAUAGUAUUGUUCCUCUUAUUGUUGGUGUAUUAAAUGUGUUCUGCUGACCUGUCUUUUUAAGAUUCCUGUUUUCUGUCAUUCUGAAUUCUUUUUAGAGAGUGGCCCACUUAUUCCAUAAUGUUAUCUCCCAAUUGUUUUUAGGCUUUUUUUUUUGUUCUGAUCCUGUGCAGGUGCAGAUGGUUUGAUUGAAAGAUCUAAUCUUGUAAACAUGAUUGUAACAUGAGAUCCAAAAGAUCUAGUCAUCUACAUCCUCUCUAUAUGUAGUGUUUGUAGAUGUUGGAUAACUUUCUAUAACAUCUCAUUUGCUUGGCUUUCACUGAAAUUGGUUGGCAAAUAUGUCUAGGAGAAAAUAUACCUGAAUUUUGUGUUAUUGCAUGUUAUACCAAAUUGUAUUAGCUCAUCGUGUACAGUACCUUAAAGCUACCUUUCCUUUUUUCCUCAUUGAUACAACAUAAUAAAUAAUGUUAUUUUUAACUUAUUUUGUCUUCAAAUGUUAUUGUUACAAAUAAAAAUGCUUCUUUA